AGAUAGAAUAAAUGAAUAUAACGUUAAUGGUGCAGUAAUUGUUACUAUGUUUAAGAAAUUGUUAAACUUUAAAAUAACUUCAAGUAUUUAUCAUGAAUUACAUUUUGCUUUAAAAUUAACAGUGAAACUUAGAGGUUCGGCGUGUGAAAGUUGAACUGAAGAAGAAGGUUCCACUUUGCACUUUAUGACUAUUUCAAUUUCAUUUUCAGUGCUUGUUUCACUUCAACUUUCAGUUUCAAGCUCGCGUGUUUGAACGCGGUCACUAUCAGUGUCAGUCAUCUAGAUAAUCCAGAAUCUGGUCUUGUGGGACUUCAUAAAAAUUCUUAGUAUUUUGAUGGACAAAACUGGUAGAGAGCUGAUUGAAUGAAUCAUGAAUGAUUUACGAAGAAAGUCUACUAAGGGAGAGUCCUUAUAUCAGGUUCUUGAGGUUUCCAAAGGUGCUACAUCGGAAGACAUCAAGAAGUCAUACAGAAGGUUAGCUCUUAGGUAUCAUCCAGAUAAAAAUCCUGAUAAUCCUGAAACAGCUGAAAAGUUUAAAGAAAUCAACUUUGCUAAUACAGUCUUGUCUGAUCCAGAGAAAAGGGAAAUAUAUGACUCAUACGGAUCUCUAGGCCUCUAUAUUGCUGAUAAUAUUGGAAGAGAGAAUGUAAAAUAUUAUUUCUUGCUAACCAGCAAUUGGUUCAAGGUUUUACUGGCAUGCUGUGCAGUUUUCACUUGCUGUUGCUGUUGCUGCUGUUGUAACUGUUGCUGUGGAAAGUGCAAAGCAAAUGUUGCAGAAGAACCUGAUGAUACAAAUGACAUAGAGGUGGAAUCUGUAGGUGAUGCUUCAGGCGAUGAGAAUGUUUUUAUUUCAGAAAAUAGAAAGAAGGAAAAUCUUCUCAACAAAGAUGAACAUACACCUAUUAUAGCACAACCUACAAGAAAUCAACAAGUUCCUAUUCCAAUUCAAACAAUGCCUUCUGCUGAUGAAAUUGAUGUUCUGAACUCAUCACUUUGCAGCACUGAAGAACUGAAGAUUUUAAUUUCUUUUGAAAAUCAAGAUGGACAUUUAAAUGAUGAGAAAAUUUCGAUUAAUGUGGGUAAUAAUCCACCAUAACUUAUAUGGAUUCUAACCUGUUACAUAUUACAGAAAUUGGACUUCAAAAAUAGAAAAACUAGUGUAAGAAGUAGCACAAAUAUUGGUUACUUUGCUCUUACUUUAUAAUUAAGCUGUGUCUCUUAUUUUGUUUCUGUUGUUUAGAUGCAAUUACGAUUUCGUCAAGUUUUUAAUUUUUUUAUUGUCAUGUUUUAUAUAUCAAAGUCAGUAAGGCUUAAAUUAUGAUUUUCUUCAAUAUUUUAAGCAAACUGUCCAAAUAAAGUCAUAAGUUAAUAUGUGAACUUGUCAGAUAAAAAAAAAGGUUAUUGAGAAACAAGAAUUGGCAUUACUA